AUGUGCAUUCUCCUCGGAAGUUGGUCUGGAGAAAGUCCAUCAUGUGAACUUCAACAAUCCUACUGCCCAACAAUCACUGCUCCUGAAAAUGGAGAAAUAGCAGGAUCGUGUUCAUCUGCAGUGACAGGAGAUCGAUGUGCAUUCUCCUGUGUAGGAGACUACCAACUAGUGGGAGUUUCGGAUUUGAUCUGUUUGGAUACCGGAAGUUGGUCUGGAGAAAGUCCAUCAUGUGAACUUCAACAGUCCUACUGCCCAACAAUCACUGCUCCUGAAAAUGGAGAAAUAGCAGGAUUGUGUUCAUCUGCAGUAACAGGAGAUCGAUGUGCAUUCUCCUGUGUAGGAGACUACCAAUUAGUGGGAGUUUCGGAUUUGACAUGUUUGGACAACGGAAGUUGGUCUGGAGAAAGUCCAUCAUGUGAACUUCAACAGUCCUACUGCCCAACAAUCACUGCUCCUGAAAAUGGAGAAAUAGCAGGAUCAUGUACAUCUGCAGUAACAGGAGAUCGAUGUGCAUUCUUUUGUGUAGGAGACUACCAACUAGUGGGAAUUUCGGAUUUGACCUGUUUGGACACCGGAAGUUGGUCUGGAGAAAGCCCGUCAUGUGAACUACAACAGUCCUACUGCCCAACAAUCACUGUCCCCGAAAAUGGAGAAAUAGAGGGGUCUUGUUUUUCUUCUGUGACUGGAGAUCGGUGUACAUUUACCUGUGUAGGAGACUAUCAGUUAGUGGGAGUUUCGGAGCUGAUCUGUUUGGACACCGGAAGCUGGUCUGGAGAUAAACCAACAUGUGAACUUGAACAAUCCUACUGUCCAACACUCUCCGCUCCUGAAAAUGGAGAAAUAGCGGGAAAUUGUUCAUUCGCCGUACCAGGAGAUCGAUGUACAUUCUCCUGUUUAGGAGACCGUCAACUAGUAGGAGUUUCAGAACUUAUAUGUUUGGACACGGGAAGUUGGUCUGGAGAAGUUCCAACGUGUGGAUCGCUGGUGAAAACAACAUGUCCAGACUUGACAGCAACUCCGAAUAGUCUGACAAACGGUUCCUGUUCUGCUGCUGUUGCUGGAGAUACGUGUGUUUUCUCUUGUGGAACAAACUUCCAACUUAAAGGUUCUAAGGUGGUUACUUGUUUGGAAGGAGGAGCAACUUCAUCUGUCCAUUCACAUACUGGCGUAAGUGAUGAACGUUUCAUAUUCUGUGGACAGAUGAAGUUCCAGUAUGUGAAUGUAAGUGAUGAACGUUUCAUAUUCUGUGGACAGGUGAAGUUCCAGUAUGUGUAUGUAAGUGAUGAACGUUUCAUAUUCUGUGGACAGAUGAAGUUCCAGUAUGUGUAUGUAAGUGAUGAACGUUUAAUAUUCUAUGGACAGAUGAAGUUCCAGUAUGUGAAUGUAAGUGAUGAACGUUUAAUAUUCUAUGGACAGAUGAAGUUCCAGUAUGUGAAUGUAAAUAAAGGACCUGGCUGUCCUCCACUGACUCUUCCAAACCAUGGAGAGUAUGCAGGAUCCUGCCUAUCAGCUGUGGCAGGCCAGCGAUGCUCGUUCUCCUGUGUAGGAGACAAUCAGCUAUUAGGACCGUCCACAUUGAUAUGUCUGGAAUCUGGAGAUUGGUCUGCUGCGCCUCCAACAUGUGAACAAUCAAUUUGCGAUUCAUUAAGAGCUCCAACAAAUGGAAUUAUAUCGGGGUUCUGUUCGUCUGCUGUGAGAGGAGACCGAUGUACCUUCUCCUGUGAAAAAAGCUAUAAGUUAGUAGGAGAUUCGGAGUUGAUCUGUUUAGAUUCUGGAAAAUGGUCCAAAGAAAGUCCGUCUUGUGAACGGUCUCGUUCAAACUGUGAAGAGAUAAAACCGCCUGCAAAUGGUCGAAUGUACGGAUAUUGUUCCAGUGCUUAUCCUGGAGAUACUUGCAUGUUUUCUUGUGAAGCAGAUUUCCAGGUGCGUGGGCUAGAAACGUUGACUUGUUUGGAACCAGGAGUUUGGUCUGGAAAUGUUCCAAUCUGUGAAAAAGUGUCUGUACAAUGUCCAUCCCUGCCUGACCCUGCGAAUGGUAAAGUGCUGCCAUGCCACUCAACCGUUGGUAGUCGAUGCAAAAUCACGUGCUCACCUGGUUACACCAUAUUUAUUGGGUCUUCAACCCGCACGUGUCUGUCUAAUGGUGCCUGGAGUGGGAUUGAAACCAUGUGUGUCACUGAAAGUAGCUUUCUGCAGUGGGUACCUCGUGCCUUUGGUUGA